GACUAUAAAAUCCACGCCCUCCCCUCGUCCCCUCUCCACCAAAUCCAACCCGACCCCCUCUGAUCCACACCACCGAUCGAAGCCAGGCUCUCUCGUCCUCCUCACCAAGAUGCAGAUCUUCGUCAAGACCCUCACCGGCAAGACCAUCACCCUUGAGGUGGAGUCCUCUGACACCAUCGACAACGUCAAGGCGAAGAUCCAGGACAAGGAGGGCAUUCCCCCGGACCAGCAGCGCCUCAUCUUUGCCGGCAAGCAGCUUGAGGAUGGCCGUACACUGGCAGACUACAACAUCCAGAAGGAGUCCACCCUCCACCUGGUGCUCCGCCUUCGCGGUGGUAUGCAGAUCUUUGUGAAGACCCUGACGGGCAAGACCAUCACAUUGGAGGUGGAGUCCUCGGACACCAUCGACAACGUGAAGGCCAAGAUCCAGGACAAGGAGGGUAUCCCUCCGGACCAGCAGCGCCUCAUCUUCGCCGGCAAGCAGCUUGAGGAUGGCCGUACACUGGCAGACUACAACAUCCAGAAGGAGUCCACCCUCCACCUGGUGCUCCGCCUUCGUGGUGGUAUGCAGAUCUUCGUCAAGACCCUCACCGGCAAGACCAUCACCCUUGAGGUGGAGUCCUCUGACACCAUCGACAACGUCAAGGCAAAGAUCCAGGACAAGGAGGGCAUCCCUCCGGACCAGCAGCGCCUCAUCUUUGCCGGCAAGCAGCUUGAGGAUGGCCGUACACUGGCAGACUACAACAUCCAGAAGGAGUCCACCCUCCACCUGGUGCUCCGCCUUCGUGGUGGUAUGCAGAUCUUUGUGAAGACCCUCACUGGCAAAACCAUCACCCUUGAGGUGGAGUCCUCUGACACCAUCGACAACGUCAAGGCAAAGAUCCAGGACAAGGAGGGUAUCCCUCCGGACCAGCAGCGCCUCAUCUUCGCCGGCAAGCAGCUCGAGGAUGGCCGCACCCUGGCUGACUACAACAUCCAGAAGGAGUCCACCCUUCACCUGGUGCUCCGCCUUCGUGGUGGCAUGCAGAUCUUCGUGAAGACCCUGACGGGCAAGACCAUCACACUGGAGGUGGAGUCCUCUGACACCAUCGACAACGUCAAGGCGAAGAUCCAGGACAAGGAGGGCAUCCCUCCGGACCAGCAGCGCCUCAUCUUUGCUGGCAAGCAGCUCGAGGAUGGCCGCACCCUGGCUGACUAUAACAUCCAGAAGGAGUCCACUCUCCACCUGGUGCUCAGGCUUCGUGGAGGCAUGCAGAUUUUCGUGAAGACCCUCACCGGCAAGACCAUCACACUGGAGGUGGAGUCCUCUGACACCAUCGACAACGUCAAGGCGAAGAUCCAGGACAAGGAGGGCAUCCCUCCGGACCAGCAGCGCCUCAUUUUCGCCGGCAAGCAGCUCGAGGAUGGCCGCACUCUGGCAGACUACAACAUCCAGAAGGAGUCUACCCUUCACCUGGUGCUUCGCCUGCGUGGUGGCAAGUAAGUGCCUGGUCAUGACGUUGCUUCUGUCUCAGGGUUCACAGGUCUUGUGUUGUCGGUGUUCUCACCAAAGGUUGGAGCAUGUCUGGUUGUGUCGUUGUUUCCAUUACGGACCUGUUCGGUUGUGUCUAAAACUUGUGCCGUGGCUUUGGAUGAUGAUCUAUGAUUAAUAAGUGAGCCGUUAAUAUCCUGUGUAA